AAUGCGAGACUUCAAAGAAAGCAGUAGAAAUGGAUUUUGCAUAUAUAAAUCUUUUGUGCAUUAAUAAAAUGCAAUUAGGAAUAAUGAUUUAUAAAUAUAUUUGAAUUGAAAUGGAUUUCCAACCAAGUUUAUUUGUUCUGGUUUGGUUUUCCAGCGUAGGCCCAGUUGUUGUUAAUACAGCCUCCUUUUAUGGUGACAGCUACAUCAAUCUUCCUUUCCAAGAUGACUCUGACACAACUCAACUCCAGCUAAGAUUUAGAACUUCUCUUCCUAAUGGACUUUUGUUUUUGGCAUCUGGAACGACAGACUACCUAUCUGUUGUCAUCAAAAGUGGAAAAUUGGAAGUGGAACUUGAUCUUGGCUCUGGGGUCAUCUUACUAUCGUCAGUAAAAAACACCCAGCUGAAUGAUGGAAAUUGGCAUCGAGUUAGAUUUCAACAAAAAGCCUUGUCAUUUAAUCUAAUAAUAGAUGAUGAUGAAAUCAUUAGAACAGCCGGCACAGGUUCACUAACAAAGCUUAAUAUUCAAAAUGGCAUCUAUUUAGGAGGGACACCAUCAGAUAUUUCUGGACAUGGUUUUCAAAAUUUUAGAGGAUGCUUGCAAAACGUUUUAUACAAUCAGUACAAUGUUCUGAAUUUGGCGCUUAAAUUACCAGGAGAGAGCACAAAUCACAUUUCAUGGAACUGUGAGGAGGAAUUUGGAGCAAAAAAGUCAAAUGAAAUUAGCUUUUCUACAAGCAUAUCUUAUGCAUCUUUUCCUUGUUUGGACUUUAGAUCAACAGGUUCUAUAACUUUGGAAUUUAAAACUCUUCAGAAAAAUGCACUUUUAUUGUUGAAUUCUGCAAAUGCAGAUGAAAAUACUCACUUAAUCGCUAUCGAAAUAAUAAAUAAGAAAUUGAAAUUGAAUGUUAAUCGUGGAGGCACAACAUUAAGUAUAAGUUCAGAAGUUUCAAUAAGUGAUGGCAAAUGGCACCUUAUCGGAGCAGGUUUCUAUGAUGACAGAUUUGUUUUUGGAGUAGAUGUGGAAAGGCAACAAUCAAGAUAUAAUUCAGGUGACAGUAGAAGUUUUAGACUGACCAGUGAUCUGUUUAUAGGAGGUGUUGUUGGAAUACAAGAAGCAAGUGUAAUUGCCAAGAAUUCCAAAUUAUUUACGUCUCCAACCUCGUUUCAAGGAUGUGUAAGACAUAUUGUGAUAAAUAAAGAAGCAUUUGGCUUUCCAGAUAUUUUAUCUAGUAAUGGCCUAAGUGUAGGUUGUAUGUCUCAAAGCCCUUGUAUUUCAAAUCCAUGUGAGUCAGAUUACAGAUGUGAAGAAACUGACGAAGGCUAUGAAUGUGUCUGUAUGUCAGGUGACUGUUCAAUAGUUAAGGAAGAGGCACCUGAAAGAAAACAUACAAAUAAUGAUCAGGGGGAUUCUGUUGUAUUUGUAACCCCAUUAUCGGCAAGGGAAGGAGACGAAACCAUUAUAACAACAAGUAACAUUGACAUUCAGUUUAAUUACAGAAAAUACAAUAUUAGAGAAUCAGCCAUUCAAUUUUAUGUUCUUGAAAAGCCUAAAUUUGGCUCCUUCAGAAUUGAUUUAGGGAGAAGAAGGAAUAGCGAUGUUUUUACACUACUGGACUUGAUUGGGGGAAAGGUGUCAUAUACUCAUAAUGGCGAGGAAGAAUUUAGUGAUAGUGUUAGCAUUGAAAUGUUAAUCAUUGGAAACGAGGAUAAGGAUAUUCCUGAGCGACUUUCUCAAAAAUAUGCAUUUGUUCUGCCGAUUAUUGUAACUCCGGUCAAUGACCCCUCUAUCAUAAGAACUUUAGGGAAUGGUUUUAUAAAAAUGGCUAAAUUUUCAACAUUUGACAUUAAUUCUGAUAUUUUAUCAGUUGUUGACCCAGACAGUGAUCUUAAAGAUAUAGUUUACACAACAUCUUGUGAUAUACAAAAUAAUAGAAACUAUUUUCAGCGAAAAAACAGCCCAGGUUUGAAAAUUAAUGCAUUUACGCAAGAAGAAGUUCAAACUGGUAUCAUCCAGUUUGUUGACAAAACUAGGAGAACAACAAGAUGUGAUGUUAUGGCCAAUGAUAAAGGGGAUAGAACUAAUACUGUAACUUUAACCUUUCAACCUAUUGAGCUUCAUAUUGGUUUGUUGUUUGGAUCACGUAUCAGGGUGGCAGCUAGUAGUUAUAUAAUUUUAACUAAUGCAAAUCUUAAUACCAGAACUAAUGUUCCAUUACAGAAGCUAAAUGUAACCUAUAAAAUAACAGCACAACCAUUUUUGGGAAAUUUAGAACUUUUACAGUCUGACCAAAGUUGGAUCAAAGUUACUCAUUUUAAUCAACAAAAUAUUGAUGAUAGUGAAAUUCGUUAUAGACAUACAAACAUAUCAUACAGAGGACCUAGGGACCAAUUCUCAUUCAUAGUCACAUGCUUGAAAGAAAAACUUGCUCAAAGUACUAUUCCAGUUGAUAUAACUCCACUCACAAUAACAGUUAAUUCUCCAAACUCUGUCAAAGCUGAUGGCUCAAAAGGAUAUUUUCUUUUGACACACGACAAACUAGAAGCUGGGACAAAUAACCAUGAACAGCCACCAGUCGAUAUCAAAUUUCUGAUAACAAGACCUCCAGCUCAGGGUCACUUGUAUCAUGUAUCAACCAAUGAGUAUUCAGAAGAUAUGUUCACAGAUUCACACAUUCUAGCUAAUGGUGAUAUAUUUACCCAAAAAGAUAUAAAUGAUGGGCUGAUUGUGUUCAAACUUGGAAGGAAAGUGUUUGACACACUCACAGACUUCAUAGACUUAAGAGUACAAGUUCCUGAAGCUCAAUCAAAACUAUUCAGAUUGAGAUUUCAAAUCUUACCAGAACAAACAGAUAUUAAAUUCAUUAACAGUCCAUUGACAAAUGUUUUUGAAGGUGGACAAAAAGCUAUUGAGAAAGAUGUCUUGUAUCUUGAGACAAGUGAAUAUAGAGAAUUUGAAUAUACUGUGAUUGAUUUUCCAAAACAUGGAAUCCUGGUAACUGUUCAUCCCAGAUCUAUGGGUAUACUUGAACGAAACAUUUCUAAAUUUACUAAUGAAGAUAUUCGAACUUUUAAAAUUAUCUAUCAGAAUGACGAUUCUGAGAGUGCUACAGACUCCUUUACUUUUAUUGCUGUGCCAAUAAUUCAGAGCACAAACAAACCAACAGUUAAAGAGCAUGAGUUUCAUGGAACAUUCCAGAUCCAAAUAACAAUGAGAAAUGACCAUUAUCCUAUACGAUUGGUUGAUAAAGUCUUUCAUGUUGUGGUAAAUAGUGAUCAUGUAUUGACAUUAGAUGAUUUAGCAUUUGGAGAUCCAGACAUCGACUUUAAUGCUAUGAAUUUGGUGUACUCUCAUCGUGGUGUAUCAAAUGGUGACUUCAUAUUCACUGAUAAUAAAACAGCUGUUUAUAGGUUUACACAGGAGAACAUAGCUGAUGGUGAUAUUUCUUUCCGAAACAAGGGAACAGUUUUGAUUGGACGAGCAGUUAUGCAUGUCUCAGAUGGACAGUUUGUCACAACAUGUUUGUUUGAAAUUCAAGCAUCUAAUCGUUACAUUAAGAUUGUUAAUAACUCUGGAAUUAUUGUUAAAAGUGGAAAGUUUAAUUUUAUCUCUUCUUUGAACUUGAGUGUUGAAACAAAUAUAGAUUGUCAACCACAUGAACUUAAAUUUGUUCUGAUUGAGGAACCUCUUUAUGGAAAAGUAGAAAAGAACCAUAGGGAUGUUGCUGAAUUUACCUAUCAGGAUGUUUUAAGUCAAAGAGUCAGUUACAAACAUAAUGGUAGGAAUGGAUUUGAAGAUGCAUUUCAAUUCAUAGUAAUGGCACAAAAUGCUCAGAUACAAGGAACCUUCCCAAUCCGAAUCAUAACAGAAAGUCAUAACCAUCCACCGAGAAUCAUAAACAAUAACCUUAUAGAAGUACAGGAAUUACGAGAAGUGGAAAUUACAAAAGAUUACUUAGAAGUAUCUCAUCCUGAUACACUGCCAUCUGGAAUUAAAUACACAGUUGAAAGCCAGCCUCAGCAUGGCCGCUUGCUAUUGAAUGGACACAGAGAAAACAUUGUGAAUCAUUUCACGCAGGAAGAUAUAAACAAUAACAAUUUAAAAUUCCGUCAUACACAGUCUGGUCCCCUGGAUGAUUUCUUCACUUUUGAUGUUUCAAAUGGUUUUAAGAGUUUGAGAAAUUUACAGUUUGUCAUGGAAAUUGUUCCUUCAUUUCUUGAAAUUGAUACUAAAAACUUAACUGUAAGAGAAGGGGGAAGAGUCCCUCUUACUCCAUCACAUCUGAAAUUAAAGAAUCGGUAUUAUAACAGUAAAUUAGUUGACUAUGAAGUUUUACGUCAGCCAGGAAAUGGACAGAUUGAAACAAUAAGAAAUCUAGGAACACCACUGGCAUCAUUCACAUCAGAAUCUAUUCAGAAUGGAGAAAUAUUUUAUGUUCAUGACAAUAGUGAAAUGUCAAAAGACAAUUUUAUUCUUAAAGCUGCUGUUGACAAUAGAAAGAAGGAAAGUCGAAUGACAGUAAUGCAUGUAGCUAUAAAGUCUGUCAAUGAUAAGCCUCCAUCAGUUGUUGUCAAUAAGAAACUAGAAAUUUGGCGGGGAUCUAUGACAUUAAUUACAACCAACAACUUGAAGUCGUCAGAUCCUGAUUCACCACCUGAAAACAUCAGAUACACAAUAACUCAGCCUACAAAUGGUCAUGUGGCAUUACUAAACAACACCUUCAGAGGUAUAGCAUCCUUUACACAAGCUCUGGUCAAUGCUGGACAAGUGACCUUUGUCCAUCAGGGGGCAGAUAACGGUGAAUUCAGCUUCCAUGUUUCUGAUGGUGUCAACAGUGAUGGUCGCUUACACAAGUUUUAUGUGACUGCAAAGUCAUUGUUUGUCACAUUGGUAAGAAAUGUACAACUAAAGGUUUAUCCUGGUAGAACUCAAGCCAUUACCAUCAGUCAUUUAUAUGCCAAAACAAAUGAUCCUCGUCAAACUCAUCCAAUCAUAUACAAUGUAAUGGCAAAACCAAAAAAAGGGAGAAUCAUCACACGAUAUAAUCAACGACCACUAGAACUACAGUCAUUCAAGCAAGAUGACAUAGAAAAUGGACUUAUCUUUUAUGAACACACAUCAUUUGAUACUGAAUGGGAUGAAACAGAUGUGUUUACUUUUGAAGUUUCAUCAUUAUAUGCCUCACCAGUCCAAAAUCAAAGGUUUCAGAUAGAUAUUUCAUACACUAACAUAGAUAGUAGAGGUGGAGCCAGUUUUAAUGAAAAAGGAAAAUUAUCCGUUAAAGAAGGAGGGGAAGUAACUCUUACCAGAGAUCAUGUUGAUGUGACUGAUUACAUUCAGAGAUUGCAUACUGUAGAUAGACACCGUGUUGAUGUUUCAUUUAUAUUGGCUGCUAUACCAAAGCAUGGCAAUAUCUUGUUGCAUGGAAAUGAAUUGAUGCUUGGCCAGUCUUUUACACAGGAUAAUAUCAAUAGGCGGCAAGUUAAAUACAAACAUGACGAUUCAGAAACCAUUGAGGAUAAUUUUAUGGUGAAGUUAGAACUUUUGGAUGGUGGUAAACUUCCAAACAGUGCAUCAUUAAAUUUUACUGUCAAAGUUACACCUGUAAAUGAUGAAUUAUUCCAACUUGUAACAACCAAUCCACGUUUAUAUGUUGUUCAAGGGCUCAAGGUUGAUAUUACAAGUAAUGACUUAAAAACUGAAGAUUUAGAUACUCCCUCUGAUCAAAUUAUUUAUGAACUUACAAUUUUACCAAAAAAUGGAAUUAUAGCUUUCAAGGAUAAUCCUCGUCAGCUGAUAAAUAGAUUUUCUCAAAAGGAUAUAGAUGAUGGGAAAUUACAGUUCCAACAUGAUGGUAAAAAUCCAUCAACAACUUUUCAUUUCCGUGUAUCUGAUGGAACUUUCCCCGCCAUCAGCAGGUCGUGUUACAUUACUGUCAUUCCAGUGUCUAUAGAACUUAUAAAUGAACAACAUAUACAGCUAAUGCAGUCAGAUAACAUUGUAGAUAUAACAAGUCAGAACGUAGCUGUUAAAACUAAUGGUCUCAAGAAUAAUGUGUACUAUAAUAUCACUACCCCACCUCGUUAUGGAGCUAUUUAUUCUGGCAAGUCGGUGGUCUUGUCUUUUAAACAGACCGACAUAGAUGAGGAGAAUAUAUACUAUAAACAACAUGAUCUGAGUUCUUAUGUGGAUUACUUUAUUGUGGAUGUGUUUUAUCCUGGAAUAGUCCCUACAGCUGUCAUACAUAAUAGACAGAUUAAUAUAGGUGUAGAACCACUGAUUGUUACAAACCCAUUUACAGCCAGAAUAGGUGAGAAAGUGGCAAUAACUACUAAGUAUUUAGAUGCAGGGAAGCUUGCUAACAUUACUGGACAUAUGCCUCAAUUCAAAAUCAUUGAGAAGCCAAAACAUGGCAGAAUAUUAGGUCCAAAAAGGGUGAAACGAAAUACUGAUUCGGAAACUCAUUAUGAUGACAUUGCAUAUUUCUCUCAUGAUGAUAUCGUACACGGUAACGUGUUUUAUUCCGUUGAUAACAUUCCAUACCAGGAAGGAUUGUGGGAUAGCUUUGGGUACAUGCUGUCAGCUGACAGUGUACAACCUGCUGCCGGUAGAUUUAGUAUAAAACUAGCACCUCCAGAUGGUAAUAGUACAGAUGUAAAUCCAAAAGGACGAGAGGUGAUAGAACCUGAUGUCAGAAGUGAUUUUGUGAUUGUUUUAGCUAUUCUUAUUCCAUUGUUCAUUUUACUCAUUAUAGUUUUGUUAGUGAUUUAUUUCAUUUGGAGAAGACGUCACCACCAAGAAUAUGUCCCACCUUCUAAUGAAAAAAGACUUAGGCCGUCAAUAUCUGGCCCUCUGACAUUAGACCAACCUCAUGUUCAUAUUGAACCUAAACAGGAAGUGACUCCAUGUUCCGAUGAUGAGGCAUCCUUUUUUGAUGAUCAUCAAAAUUACUAUAACUUACCGCCACUGAGAGGCAGAAAUGAUGAGUAUAGACUCAUAACACAUGCUGAUGGAAAAUCAGAAGUUGGUUCAAAAGUGCCACAAUGUAAAGUGACGUUAUUAGCAGACGACAAUGAAAGUGCAAGUAGAAUGUCUGGAUACAGUGUUAAAUCAGAUACAAGUACUGAACUCUUUGAAUGGUCAUCUUUAAUGGAUCCUGAAAUUCUGCAGCACUGUAGAACCACAAAUCCUGUUUUACGUGAUAAUCAGUAUUGGGUGUAAUUGAAAUUUGUUCUUAUCAUCUUACACUGAAUGUGCAUUUUUUGUUUAUCAUUAUUUUGUUAUAAAAAUACUUCCAUGUGUUGCCAAAAAAUAUUAUUGAACUAGUGCUACCUUGCUACACCAAGAUUUUUCCCUUAAAUACAAGUCAAAUUUGUUAUGUUAUAUGUUAAACAAAAUUUAUAAACAAAUUUUAUCUCCAAAAAGGAUAUUUUUUGCUGUUGUUGUACUUUAACAUGUUGCAUGAAGAAUGUACUUAAUAAACACUAAAAUCUCUUAAAUGUAGAGAUACAAUUAGAAGAUAUGAAGGAACAGUUCAAUAAGUAUACAGAAAGGUAAUGAAUACACAAGUGUUAUAAUUUUGUUAGGAAUCUCUUUUGUUUCACUCUAUGAUGAUUUUAGCUGCAAUGAUUAAAAAAAUUAAACAUUUAAACAUUUUUAACAACAUGAUCCAGAUUAGAGUGAAAUGAUUUUAUUGGUUGUUUGACAUUCAUGAUUGUGAUUUUCUGUGACCUUUUGUUUUAACCAUUUAACUAUGCAUUGUGAAUGUGAUUUUAAAGUCUUUUGUAUGCAUGUCAUUGUAAUGAUACAGCUUUGUAUGCUUGUCAUGUUAAUGAUACAGCUUUGUAUGCAAAGAAUUAUUUUCCAGUUGUUCACUUUUGACUAUCUUUUGAAAGCUUUUGCUUUAAGUGUGAUACAGGUGAUAUUAUUAAUUUUGUGCAUUGCAGUUACUAUAUUUUCUAAAUUGUCUUGCUGGUUUAUAAUUUUUUUUACAAUAUACACUUUUUUGUUUUAUUUGAAAUAGUUGAGGUUUUUGUAUCAUGACCUGACCAAGCAUAACUAAAUUGGCAGUGGAAGGUAUUUAAGAUGUGUAUCUACAAGUUCACUGAUUUUGCCGAUUAAUCUGACAAAAAAUGUAUGGUAAUGAAUUUUUAAAGAUGAAAUGAUAACAUAACUUUAAAUAAUUUUCCUUUGUUCCUUAAAAAAGUAUUCCUUAUUAAAAGCUUAUAAAAGUAGAUGUAAUAUGUAUCAAUUUUUCAAGAUUUGGUUUACAUUUUUUGCAAUCAAAUAUACCAUGUACAUUGUAUAGUUGUGUUGGUUUAACAUUUGUGAUAUAUAUGUGAGGUGCUAGUAUGUAAAUUAAUCAAAUGAGAUUGUCAUGUCAAAGUUUUUUUCUAAGUGUAUAUAAGUAGCUUUGUUUGUAGUACCAUUUGACAGUGUUAUUCUAUUAUGGAAUCAUUGUACACUCAGCGUUUGUAUACUAACACUAUGUGGAAUCAUUGUACACUUCGUGUAUGUAUACUGACACAAUGUGGAAUCAUUGUAAACUUGGUGUAUGUAUACUAACACAAUGUGGAAUGAUUGUACACUAACUAGUGUAUGUAUACUAACACAAUGUGGAAUCAUUGUACACUUCGUGUAUGUAUACUAACAAAAUGUGGAAUCAUUGUACACUUAGUGUAUGUAUACUAACACAAUGUCCCUAGAAACUGACAGUCCUGUCUGACAUAUAAUUAUUAAUUCAUCACAAAUUACAAGCAAUAGUUCAGCUAAAAUUCAUGAGAAGUCAUUUUGUAUGUACAUCCUACAUUUUAUAAGUGUUUUUUACUUUAGAACCUUUUUAUUUUAAAAGUCAUUUUAAACAUACAAAAUUACAUAAACAUCAUUUUUUAUAAGUCUUUUCUUCUUUUUAUGAAAUUCUUUUGGAAUUUUGUGAAUGUACACUUAAUGCCUAGUUUUCACUCUUGCUGUCAUCUUUAUCAAAAUCAUGAUAGAGUUCUUAAUAAUAUGCAUUAGAUUCAUGAUUUUUCUUAGUUGGAAACAGUUCAGAAUAAGUGAAUAAGUGAUAACAUUAUAUAAUUUUUCAUAGUCAACAAAUAUAUUAGAAAUGUCUGGAACCAAGUAUGAAUAUUUCCGUUUUACCAUAUCAGUUAUUUUAAUCAACAUUAGUUUUAUUAAAAACAUUCAUCCACUAUAGUAUUGGUGUUUUAAGCACAUUUUUCUAAUGGCACUGACUUAAUCAAUCAGACCUCAGACCAUCGUCUGUAUGCUGUAAUCAUUUGAUCAUAUUUACUGCCAUAAAGUUUGAUCUUAUAACAUUUAUAUUGGUCUGUUUGCUUUUUCUGAUGGUAAUUAUUGAUAUUUGUGGUUUUUCCAAUCUAAUAUCAUAUAAUUAUUCCAAUUGUCCAUAUAUUCUAUAAAAUGUUAGACUAAGUAUGUUAUGAUGAAAGGUUCUUUAGUAAUGGGUCAUUUAAAAUGUAUACCUAGAGUAAUAGAGAUGGAGUCUUAUUAAUUAAACUGUUGCUUAGACAAUAGACAUGCUUCUCUGAAAUAAACAUCAAAGAUUUCUGGAUUUUACAUACAUACAUGUAGUUUUAUUGUAUUAUAAAUCAUUACAUAUCCAUCUGAUUAUUAACAGUGACCAUACUGAAUGUAUUAUAAUUGUUUUCCCUUAAAUUAAAUGACAUCUUUAUUGUCCAAAUUGAAAAUUAAUUAGUAGGAAUGGUAACAUUAACUUAAUGGCUCUUUGUCCAGAAAUUGAAUUAGAUAAGUAAAUGAAGGUGUCUCCCUGGUUUGUAAAUUAUGUUGAGGUUAUUGGGGACAAACAGAAUGCUACUUUAUCAUCUCUAUAAUGUUUUAUUCAAUAUUAAUAUCAAAAGGUGUUCUCUCAAUGGUGUUAGAAUGAAGCGUGUGAUAUAAUUUUCUACUGUGAAUGGAUAUUAUACAAUUUUUCUGACUGUUAAACGUAAAAAUCAAUGUAAUGUGAUUAGUGUCUAGAUGUCUGUUAUUUCUACGUGGAUCUGGGAGAAUAGCAAACUAGGUUAAUUCUAUCAAACCUUUGGGAUUUCCGUAUUCUUCUAAUUUGUUAGAGUGAUAAUGAAUUUUAGCACUGAAAUUAUGAAUAUCUGACUUUAUUUAUUUAAAUUGCUUCCAAAUGGUUUUAUGGCAGAACGGGGAGCAUUGCAUAAGUGUCUUUGGAGAACAUUAAAUUUAUACAGUUCAGUAGUUAUAUGAAACAGUAAAUUGGUUGAGUUUAUCUUUUUGCCAAUAUUUUGCAUUUAGUUAGUUUUGUUAAUGUUAUAAAACAGUUUGAUAAGGAUUUUAUGACUUAAUGUUAAUUUAUAACUGUUUGGAUGAGGAAAAAUCUGCUGGAAUGUUUUUAGAACACUUGUCUAGUUUUUAUAGUUAUGCUUAAUUAAAGUUGGUUUUGCCAAAAAAAAUCCUUUAUUGCUCUAUAACUGUUCUUAAAAAGCAGGAAGUCCUCUAUGCCCGAGGUUAUAUGAAGCUACAUCGUUGCAUCAAUCCAUAUAAGACAAUGGUUUGAUAACAACAGUAUUUAUUCAGUUCUAUAUUAGGAUGGCAGAAGAGUUUGAUUAGGUUAAGUUUAUCUUCUGCUGUAAUCAAUCUGUUGAUGAGAAGACAUCCCACUCAACCAGAGGACAAUGACAGAGAAUUAUUGAUUUAUGUAAACGAAGCAUGCUUUUAAUUAUUACAUUCAGGGUUUCUUUUGUUUUGCUCAAGCCAGUUAAAGGAGAAUGUACAAUUUAGAACCAAACCGGCCCUUAAUACAAAAACACUUCAAAACUUCAUUAGAACUGAGUACUUUUUUUGUUAAAUAUAUUUCCACUAAAAAGGUUUUACAGCCAUGAAGUAAAAGUGUAGUAAUAUGACAAAAUUGUUUAAAUCUUAUCCAUUGGAAGCAGACAUUCAGAUAAAUUAUACAGAAUCCUCGCCCUACAUAUUUAAUCAGGAAGCUUAUUUUUUUCUUCUUCAGUAAAUUUACAGGGCUUUGUAAAUCCCAAAAUGUACCUUCUCUUUUACACUUUAUGUAUUUUUCAAUGUUGUAUAAUGCUUUAUGCAAAUAAACUUAGAAAUGCUGUGAUAUGUUCACUGUAAGCCAAGAUAAGCCUUUCUAAGACAUAAACAUGAUAAAAUAUGAAAAGCCUGUGUAAGCAAUGCUUUUUCCCUGAAUUUUUAUUGGCAGAGUAGUUUCAAAAAGGAGGAUGCAGAGUGCACAUGAUUAGGGAUUUUUUUAUCAAUAACUUUUAUAUAAUUUAAAACAGAAAAAAUGGCCAAAAACAUGAAAUAGAAAAAUAUUUAGGUGGCAAGCCUGUGUGGAAAAAAAACUAUGAAAAUUUUUUUUUCAAUCAUUGUUGGCAAAAAACUAGUUCUAAAUAUCAAUUUGAAGGCUAGUUAUACAGUUCUCUGUUUCGUUUUUGACUUUUGAAGUUUAGAUGAUAUGUGAACAGUAUUAAUCUGGGACCCGUCUUUUUCAUUAUCUUUAAGACUUAUUACCUAUUCACGUAACAACAUUGCAGUAUUGAAAUUUAGAUAAGAAUCCAUGUUUUUCUUUAUACAUUAUUAAUUUAGUACUUUGAUUUCUUAUAAAGUUCAUGAAGUACCUUGUGUAUAUAAAGAGUUAAGAUUUUUAAGCUUUUAGGGCCUAGAUAUAUAUCCACAAAGAAUAAAAGUUUUUCAUUUAAGCUCUAACUCAAAAUCAUGAAUGUAAUCUAUAUGUAACUUGUAUAUAACUGUAAUGAAUAUGUGAUAGGUUUUAUUAACCAGCCUUAUAUAUAUAAAGAUUGUGAUAUACAUGGACAGCUUUGUAUCAUUAUGCAUGUAUGUUAUUUCAUAAUUGACAAUUCCUCGUGCUUAUAUGUGCUUGAGGAGUGUGAACAUAUUGCAUGUAUGUUGAAUCAUAUAAUCAAUACCUCACUAUAGGACUCCAUUCACCCAGUCAUCAGAUGUGUUGUUAUAUCAUUAUUGUACAAUUUUAAUAUUAGUUUUCACAAAAUUACAUGUCAAUUUACAAUCAAGAUUAGCAAAAUAGGAUAGUGUUUUUGUAGACAGAUGUUAAACUAUGGUGAUUCAUAUAUCAGUAAAUUAAUCAACAAUCAACUAUAGUGGGGAAAUAAUGUUAAAUAUGGACUUGGGAAUGUUUAAAAUCAUCACUAAUGAUUGCAUUUAAUGUGAUUUAUUGCUUUCUUUGAAAUUCUAAUAUAUUAAAGUACUAAAAAUCCUAUUUCUGUACAUUUAAAUUUUCUCUCUAAUUUCAGACUUCAAAUGUUUACUGAAAAUUAGCAGUCUUUGACCAAUAAAACUUACUGUUAAAAUCUAGUACUGGUACAUAUUGGUACAGAUAAAUUGACAGCUGCUUAUCAAUAACUACAGUUCCAUUAGAGUAUUAAGGAAAUCAGAAAUUAAUCUCAGUGAAAUAUUCAGUCAGAGAAGUUCCUCUUGACAGUUAUUUCAAUUAGUACCUGAUGCUUCAAAUUUCCUUAGUGAUGGAAGUGGGAAUGGUUCUUGGUAUGGAAAAUUCUCUCAUGUUUAAGAUAAAAAAUAUUUUUUAGGUUAAAUUGGGAUGAUAAUGUAUUUUAAAUAUUUAUCACGUGUAAUGCAGAAGAUUUUCUUAUAUUUCUUAAUCUACUUAAAAUUUUGAUUCAAUUGGGAAAGCAGAUUGUGUUGAUGGGACAUGUUUGGGCUAAAAUAAAGGAAACCCAUUUGUAUACAUUUGGUGGUUGCUGAAAAAAAGUGAUCCCUUUAUGAUUGGAAAAGGGAAGAGAACCUUUUAUUCAAAGACAAUAGAUGUAAGGUAAAUUGGCAAAAAGGGCAAGAGAUUUUUAUUGAGAUAUAUAGGCAAACAGUUAUUGGUAGAAAGAAGCUGCAAAUGUCACUGUUAAUUAUCCACCAGUCUCCCUAAAUUUAUUUAUUGGAGUGACUAGUGGUAUUGAAAAGCUGUGGUGGGAUUUUAUGGGGAGAGGGAUGGAUUCAGGGGUUUUGAAACAGGAAUUGUGGGGAUAUAUCCUUGGAAAAGAGAUGAAGAGAACAAAAAAUUUUGAAUGCAAAUUAGAACGAAUGAAGUAAAACAAUAAUAUUGUGAGUAAGUGUAUUUGCUGUGUAUAAUGCUUUUUGUAACUUGUAAAUUUUUGUUGAUGUUAGUGACAAAUGUUUGGUUGUUAUUUUGUUUGAAUGAGAUUGUUAUAAAUGUUUUUAAGUAUAUAUGCAAUAUCAUAAAUUACAUUUUGUUACUUAUUUUCUUUUGUUUUGAGAAUACUUGUGCCAAUUGGGGAUACAAGAAAUAAAUCAUGUUCAAAUAC